ACCCCAGGGUCUCUCUAUAUGCAUUACAUCUUGUCUUAUUUUCUUUUGCACGAUGAAUUUUCUGGCUCAUUUCUUUGGGAUUGGAUUAAACGACAUGCAUAUGUCUUUCAGAGUUGACCUGCCCGCCAAAUAGCUAUUACGAGCUCUGUGGCUCUCCCUGCCCUGCCUCUUGCACCCAACCAGCUGGACCUCCAAACUGCUUCCGGAGCAUGUGUAUAGAAGGAUGCCAGUGUGAAGCGGGGUUUGUGCUGAGUGGCACUGACUGUGUGCCGUGGGAGCAGUGUGGCUGCAGCUACAACGGACGGUAUUACUUGAAAGGGGAAACGUUCUUCCUGGAAGGUGAAAAUUGUAAAACAAAAUACCGCUGUGAUGGCUCCAUCUCUUCCAUUGAAGCUGAUGGUUCCUUCUGCGGUCCUGACCAAUUCUGCGGCACUCGGAAGGGAGUGUAUGGUUGCCACGCAUUGGCAGAUGGCAUCUGUCGAGUUUCUAAAUUUCUCCACUAUACCACCUUUGAUGGUCAGCAGUAUAACUUCCAAGGGAUCUCCACGUACGUCUUGGUGGAACUGUGCCCAGCGUCCAAGUCUUUACCAUCUUUCAGGGUUGAGGUGAAGAACGAGAAGCUGCUCAACAGCCCUUUAUCUGUACUAUCAGAGGUUAUUGUAUCCGUGAACAAUACUCAGAUACACCUGCAGAGAGAACAUCAAGGAACAGUCAAGGUAAAUAAAGUAAGGUCAACGUCUAAUUCUAGGGGAUUGCCUUGUUCUUUUGUCAAUUGAACCGGUGGAAAUUUUGACUGGUGAGGAUAAACUCAAUCUUCCUUAACCUGAUGCUCUUCAGAUGAUAUGAGUUUACAGUUU